AAAAAGAUAGUCGAGGAUAACUGGUUUUGUAAAUACACGGCAAGCGAAUACAUGGCAUCUCUCGAAAAACAGCGCCGAGAAUGGCAUUUGCGGUCGUUGCUUCCAGGCCAAGUACACUUCACGCCUUCAUCCCUUGUUCUGCUUCUUUACAUCUCAAGCUUUAUGGUCGUGCUUCAACAUUGAAUCCCCUUCGAUCUGAAAACAUCAUUAUUGGACUGAAAAACAAGUGUUUUAAUCUCGUCUGGGAAAGUAAAACUCGGGCAGAUUGCAUUCUUCAGCUCACAAAAAAAAGAAUUAAAUUUUUAAGUAACAAUUGUUAGUUAUAUAGAUAAGAUGCAGGCAAGGCAUGAAUGACACAGAUACCAGAAUUGUAUAGAAAUUUGUAUUGAGUAGGUCGAAGAAGGAAAGCAAUGGGUAGCUGCCUGGGAAAGAAACAAAAGGUGGAUGAGAGUGAGCCAGCAAAAUAUUCUAAGCAUAAAUCACAAUCACACCCAAAGCCAAGGCAGGCUUCUCCUCUUCCUGAGAUAUCAGCAGUGCAACCCUCCCCACCUGCUGUCAUGGCUUCUCCCAAGGCAGCUAUGUUGAAGGCAGAGAGCAUGGGGAGCGUACUUGGCCGACCCUUAGAAGAUGUAAGGGUAAAGUACACUAUAGGCCGGGAAUUGGGACGGGGGCAGUUUGGAGUUACAUAUUUGUGCACCAACAAGGUCACUGGCGAGCUCUUUGCUUGUAAAUCCAUUGCCACGCGGAAACUGAAGAACAAGGAGGAUAUUGAGGAUGUGAGAAGAGAGAUCCAAAUCAUGAUCCUUCUCAGGGGACAGCCUAAUAUUGUGGAAAUGAAGGAGGCUUUUGAGGACAAACAGGCUGUCCAUUUAGUCAUGGAACUUUGUGCUGGUGGGGAGCUCUUUGAUAGGAUAAUUGCCAAGGGACACUAUACCGAAAGAGCUGCCGCUGCGGUGAUUAGGACUAUUAUCCAAGUUGUGCAUACAUGUCAUACGAUGGGAAUUAUGCAUCGAGAUCUUAAGCCUGAGAAUUUUUUGUUGCUCAACAAGGAUGAGAAUUCACCCUUGAAAGCUACUGAUUUCGGCCUUUCAGUUUUCAUACAGCCAGGAAAAAUGUAUAGAGAUAUUGUGGGCAGUGCAUAUUAUGUUGCCCCUGAAGUUUUACGGCGAAACUAUGGGCCAGAAGCUGAUGUCUGGAGUGCUGGAGUUAUACUUUAUAUUCUUUUAAGUGGUGUGCCCCCUUUUUGGGCUGAAACAGAGCGAGGCAUUUUUGAUGCUAUCCUGCAAGGACAUAUUGACUUUGAAACUGCACCAUGGCCAUCCAUAUCAGCUGGUGCAAAAGAUGUGGUCAAGAAGAUGCUGGAUCAGGACAUACAAGAACGUCUUACAGCUCAACAAGUUUUAAAUCACCAAUGGGUUAGAGAAGAUGGCGAAGCACCUGAUAGACCCAUUGAUGAUGCCGUAUUGACUAGGUUGAAGCAAUUUAGGGCAAUGAACAAGCUUAAAAAGGUUGCUUUGAAGGUGAUUGCAGAAAGUCUAUCAGAAGAAGAAAUAGUGGGUUUGAAGGAAAUGUUCGGAAGUAUGGAUACCGAUAACAGUGGCACAAUAACGCUUGAAGAAUUGAAGAUUGGUCUUGCAAGACAAGGCUCGAGAAUCUCUGACUCUGAAGUUGAACAAUUGAUGGAAUCUGCAGAUGUAGAUGGGAAUGGAACCAUCGAUUAUCUUGAGUUUAUCACAGCCACACUUAACAUGAACAGGAUUGAAAAAGAAGAUCAUUUGUAUACAGCCUUUCGGUACUUCGACAAAGACAACAGUGGGUACAUUACAAGAGAAGAACUAGAGCAAGCUCUAAUAAAGUAUGGAAUGGGUGAUGAGGAGACCAUAAAGGAUAUUAUAGCUGAAGUGGACACAGACAAUGAUGGACGAAUCAACUAUGAUGAAUUUGCAGCAAUGAUGAGGAAAGGUAACCAAGAGGGUAAGAGGCAUAAUGAGCUAAGAUUGGGGGUCCAAGUGGUAAAUUGUGAAUAAAUUUAUAGGGAGCUUAAUGUAAUGAGACAACUUUGUAUGCAAGCUCGCUCAAUCUUGAAGUACAAGGUGUGAUAUACAGACCCUCCCAAUGUUAAUAUGUUCUUGACAAAAAAAUGAGAUAUGAUACUGGAUUUGGUUGUAUAAUCUGAGAGAAUGUACAAGGGAUGACUAUAUCAAGGUAUUUUCCUUGUUACAUCAUACCUCAGGUAUCUGGCUUGACUUAGCAUGCAUGCAUAAGCUCCAUUUACUUAAAGCUAGAUUUACCCUUAAAGUACAUCUUACAGAGGCAUUCUUGUUUUCAUCUUGACAACUGGCUUGGUCUUGAUUGCAACGUUGACAGCAUAUUACAAUCUUGGUAAUUUAUUUGUAUAUGAAAAUUAUGUUACGAUCAUUUGUUUAUGGAUAAUAGUUGGCAUGUGCACACACAAUUUUACAUUUCUAGGGAAUUCUUUUGGCUAGUUUGGCCUGGACAUCAACUAUCAGUAUGUUUAUCCAAGAAUGAUAAAUAAAUGUCACAUCUAUUAUUUUA